AAGUCUGACUUUAUCUUGUUUGGAUCCACUCCUUCUUUCUUGUCUUAACAACAUUGCGUUGAUUUUGGAGAAAGAACAAACCUUAUUGCGUCGUCGAUAGGAGAUGAAGAUCUCAAUGUUUCAUCUCUGUAUCUUCCUCUUACUCAUCGGAAUGUCUCAUGCCGUUGAUGACAAAUGUGCUGCCUGUAAAGCUGUUGCGGGGGAGCUAGAGAUUGGACUUGCCCGUGAGAAGCCUCGCAAUCAUUUGGAUAUGCGCCAUCGCUUGGACGCCAAGGGCCAGCGUCAAGGAAAGUUAAUCGAUUACAGAAUCAGUGAGUUAAGAGUUGUUGAACUUCUUGAUGACCUUUGUGAAAAGAUGCAAGACUACACACUCAGGAUAUUUCCAGACUCACAUGAAUGGUACAAAGUGGGUAGCUGGGAUAACCUCAGAACAAAUAAACAAGAAGCUCGGGCACAUUCAAAAGACAUCUCUUCUUAUUGUGGAAGAUUACUUGAAGAAACAGAAGAUGAGCUGGCCGAGUUGAUAAAGAAAGGGUCUGUUAAAGUGGGAGAUGUGAGCAAAGUUCUUUGUCAAGAUUUGAGCAAACAUUGCGAUCAGACGAGUGUAUCAGAUGAGGCGGAGGUCGUCGAAGACAGAGAGCUUUAAAUCCCUGGAUAUUGGGGUGGCUGGAAAUCUGCCUUUUGGAAAUUAAAAAUUAACAGAAUACAUCACAAAAUUGAUGGUGUUGUCCGUUUUGUAGUUGGAGUUAGAAUGACUUCCAUUUUUCUCAAUUAAGAGACAUUUUAAUGAUACGAUUUAUCAGACUCUAAUCAAGCUAUGAAUGUGACUUCAUAUGUCAUCACUGUACUGUAAAAUCUUUUAUUUUGAAUGUCUGGUAAUUCAGAGAGGUAAUGCCUCUGCAGAUAA